CACUCCAGAAUUGUCAAAGUUCGGAUACUUUUUAAUGUUUGAAGUCUGGCCGGCUCUGUACGUAAACUACUUCGAAAUAAGUUCAAGCUCGACUGCUGAUCUAUGUUUAUUAAGUGAAGUUAGUUCUUAUUCGAUAUGUCACGAUCAUCAGUUAAGGCAAGUUCAAAUUCGAAAGCUGCAGAAGGCAAAGUGGAUGCACAUUUUCUUAAGAAUAGAGUUGAAGAGUUAGAGGCCGAAGUUUUAGCCCUGAAGAAAAGGCUUGAUGGUUUAAGAAAGGCCAAGAACACAACAGUCCUCAAGAAACAGAAGGAGUAUGUCUCAUCAUCUGAAGCAAGAUCGACCCUUGACCCUAAGAUCUCUGACCUCCAGAGGAAGAUGGAUGACCUCAGCUUGCAGCAUAAGAAAGAAAUGGAGGCUUUAAAAACAAAACAUGAAGAAUCACUGCAGAAACGCUCAAAGACAUCAACACCGCCCCCUUGUGACCACGAGAAAGAAAUCAAGGAGCUCAAGACGAGAAACAAGACUUUGAAUGAAGAGAAUGAGGAACUGAAACUCUUCAACAACGAACUGAAGAUGGAGAAUACAGAGAUGAGAGAGAAAUUUGAGCAGUUGUUUACGGAACUGAGUAUCAAAGAGGCACAAUGGUGUGAGAAAGAAGAACAACUUAAUCUUAAGAUGAAGCUUCAAUGGGGAGAGAAGUAUCGAGAAUGGAUGGAGGUCACUGAGAAGAAGAUAGCUGACCUCCAAGCAGCUAACGAUUUAUUACGCAGUUAUAUGAAACCGUCUGAUACAACAUAACGACUUCUUCAGUAGACUUUAAGAGGAUCCAACAACCUGCAAUCAUGGAGAGACCAUUUCAAAGAGUUUACUGAGCAAACCUGACUGCUCACGAAAAGAUAAAUAGGAAAUAGGAGUAAAUUUUAGUUUUAGAUGUCGGAGGAAAACCGAUGUUUGGGAAACCCACGCAAUCAGGUAGGGACUGGAAACCCCAAAUCCACAUGCAAGGCAUUGGCUGAAGAUGAGAUUCGGAACCAGGGUCCGCAGAGAUGAUAGGCAGUGGGAAAACUCGCACUGUGUCACCCUGAUUCGCUAUACAUUCCAUAUAUAUGCUGAACAUUUUAUUUUUCACUACAGAUCGAGGAACCAUAUAAAAACAUCAGGUAUUCAAAGGAAAAUACCUCACACAGCAAGUAUUUAUACCAAAACAAUAGUUUAUUGGUACCAUGAAAAUGUUAUGAUACAGAUUUUAAAUUAUUUAAACUAGUCGAGUGUUUGUAUUUUAUAACAAGGAACUGUACAUGAACACCCUUUGUAUUAAACUCUAAAUUAGAAGAAUUUAAAAUCUACACAAAGUACUUGAAUCUAUUUACUGGCUUCUUAAAGAUCGGUCGAGUUGGUCAAUAAAAAGCGUUUGUAACCAUUUGUUAUAAAAUGUAUAUGGUUAGAAAG